CAUGUCUUCUAGUUGUUAUAAUUUGCAUAAUUUUUGAUCUUUUAAGAGAGAUGUUAACGAUGGAGAAGUAAAAACUUUACAACUGCAAGACAAAUGAUCCUUGAAAACAAUUCUGUGAAGUCUUCUUUAAUACUCAGUGAUUUAGUCACCUCAAGUCAACGAGUGUGUACCAGCUAGCCACGAUGAAUACCUCAGAUGCCAACAACACUCCACAAUGUUACUCCCUCAAAAGCCCUCCGUUCAAUUACACACGUCCCAUCAGCUCAGCAUACUUCUCAACCAUCUUCAGCACUUUGGGAAUCACCUCAAAUCUCAUUGCCUUCAUUGUUCUUGUCAAAUCUUUCCGACGAAUGCGGAAUCGGUCACGGUCUUUCUUCUUAAUCUUCCUGGCCGGUCUUGUAGUUACUGACUUUAUGGGUCUUUUGGUCACAGGUUCCAUUGUGGUCUCCUUCCAUUUUACACGUUUUAAUUGGCGCCAAGUAGAUCCUAACUGCCACUUCUGCAACUUCAUGGGUAUGUCUAUGGUCUUCUAUGGACUGUGCCCACUGCUGCUUAGUGCCACAAUGGCCAUGGAGCGCUUCUGUGGCAUUAACCGUCCAUUUGCACGCUCCACCAACACGAGCAAGAGCCGGACAGUCUACAUGGUGCUGAUGGUAUGGUUGGCUGCUGGCUGUAUUGCUUUGCUGCCCUUAAUAGGCAUCGGGAGCUACCACAUACAGGCUCCUGGUUCUUGGUGUUUUUUCAACAUCAGUUCGAAAGGAAGUGAUAUGGUCUUCUCCCUGCUCUUCUCCUUCGUGGGGUUGACUUCAAUCGUUGUGUCAUUUUUACUGAACACAGUGAGUGUGGUGACGCUUAUCAAGGUGUGCUGCGGACAGGACAGGACACAGCGGAGCCGAGACCAUGAAGUCGAGAUGAUGGUGCAACUUAUCUUGAUCAUGAUUAUUGCCUCUAUCAGCUGGUGCCCCCUCCUGGUCUUUAUUGCUCAAACAGUGUUCUCCAGCGAUCCUCUCUGGGUCAGGAAACUGCUGCUGUACCUCCGCUUUGCCACCUGCAACCAGAUUCUCGACCCAUGGGUUUACAUCCUGUUCCGGAGGGCAGUCUUUAAGAGAGUCUACCCCCGCUUUGACUGGUCCCGGAGCUCAAUCAUGACUUUGUACCCAUAUUUUCAAGAGACUGCACGCAGAUUCACACGAUCUUCAUUAGGGGGCAACCUGGGCUCAGAUGAAACAGGAGAAACAACAAAGUCAAAUGUCACUUCUCCGUCUACCUUAAAGUCACCUGACUAAGGCUCAUGGUACAGUGUGUGUUUGUUUCUCUGAUCAGAAAUGAGUGAUCACAGGGAUCAGACAUAUACUCUCAGCUCCAUACAUCGCACUGAAGUUAACUAUAUGCACUGCUAUCUAGAUAUACUGCUGCAUUAAGUUAACCGUAUUUAAUGUACCAUUAAAUAGGAUAAAUUAUCUUGUUUUGUCUUUGUUUAAUGCAUGCUUAGACCUGAUGUUGUGCUAACCAUUUUAGGAGGAAACCCACAGGCAGCCUAGUCCCAUGAACCUGAAAUAUAGAAACUGUAAUAUUGUAGAAGUGCCUAUUGUUAACAAGAAAUAUCAUAUUAUACUAUAUUCACAUACAUUUGCUAAUAGUUACUCUGACUGAACAUGUCACAAACUCUGAAAACCUAUAAAAGAUUGAAAAAUGUUAAACGAUCAGUUUCUUGCAUUUAACUUCAUUGUUUUUUUACUGAGUGAGAUAUUCUGUUUCAAGGUUGUCUGUUACAUAUGGGCUGAAGGAUGUUUACAAGACGAAAAAAGAUGGAUUAUUACAAAUAUCAAAAGUCUUGACCCACCUUUCAUUCCUGUAUAUUUAUCUAGAAUAUGUGCAGUGAAAACAGUGUGUUAGCAAUUCCAAUGUGUUUGAACGUUAGUAUUGGGAAAAUGUGAAGAAAUGAGGGAUCAAAAGAUGGUAACUUCAUUAUAAGUUGAAAAUUUUACUGAUAACUGGUAUGUCGUUCUCAUGAUCUCCAGAAAUCAUCUCUUUAUUGUCCCUAACAAAUACUGGUAUGUAGUCACUUAGAUAUAAAUUUGUUUUAUUUUGGUAUACCAUCCAUUAAAAUGCACAAGUGCUGCUCAACUGAAUGGAAGGUGUUAAUUAAAAAUGAUGUAUUGUGCCAAAGUAUGGUUAAGUGUAAGUGGGAGUAAGUAUGAAAAUGCAUGUGUGAAGAUUUAUAAUUUGAAUGAACUCAACCUUUAAAAAGCAGGACUCAGUUCGUGGAGGAAGUACAGUGCAUCCUAAACAUCUAGAUAAACUACAAUUAGAUAACCUAAACAAGUGCACUGUCUAGAGUUUAAAUUUGGAGAACGUUAUUGUAUUUUAUUUUGAUUGUUAUAAAAUCUUCUGCUUCUUUGAGAUCUCAAGGCUAAGCUUUAAAGUUGAUGUGGACUGAGAAUAUUUUUUGUGAAGAGAGCAAUUUUUACACUGAUCAUGCACAUAAAGUAAUGCACGCUGUAAUGUCACUCAACUCAACCAGUCUUCCACAACAGUGUUUUUUUCAUCCCAUAAAAGUUCUCCCAUGACAGUGAGGAGUAAAUGUUGAUUGUUCACGUAAAUAAAGGCUCAAUAAAA